ACCCCACCAACCUCCGUCCGCUUCUCGGCGGAGCUUUCACCGGAAAACGCUCUCCACUUGAAUCUUCUCCGGCAGCCAGUGCAGAGUUUGAGAUGGAUAGACAUAGCUGGCCAUGGAAGAGGAAGUCAUCAAGUAAAACUAUUGCUGAUAAGAUAGAUACAGAAGCUUCUGUUGGCUCUCUACAAGAUCAGGGAAAACAAAAAAAUGUUACCUAUGUUCAAAUAUCUGUUGAUUCGUAUAAACAUCUGACUGGUCUCGAGGAUCAAGUUUGCAUGUUGAAAGAUGACGUCGAAGAAUUGAUGAACCAGUUGAAGGAUUCCCAGGAGAAACUGAAUGCUGCUAAUGUUGAGUUGGUUUCUAAGGAAGACGUGGCGAACACGCAUGCAAAAGUUGCUGAAGAAGCUGUUUCUGGAUGGGAGAAGGCUGAGGCUGAGGCUGCGGAAUUGAGACGCCAGCUUGAAUCCAUCACACUAUUGAAGCUUACAGCUGAAAAACAAUUAUCUCGUCUGGAAGGUGCCCUGAAAGAGUGCAUGAAGCAAAUGAGAAUAGUGAAGGAAGAUGAAGAGAACAUACAAAGAAUAGUUAUCAAAACCCAGCAAUGGGAUGCAGAAAGGCUUGGCCUCGAAGCAAAAGUGUCUGACUUGGAUCACAGGCUUCUCAGGUCAGCUGCUGAAAAUGCAUCCAUUUCCAGAACAUUAAGGGAACAAUCUAACAUUAUAUCAAAGAUCAAUGAAGAAAAAACCCAAGAAGAGUUGCACAACGAACUUCUCAAGCAGAAAAUUUUGUCAUUCGAAAAGGAGAAUAGUUCUCUCAAGUAUGAGCUUCAUGUUCUCUCCAAAGAGCUUGAUAUUCGAAAUGAGGAAAACAAUAUGAGUCUAAAGUCAGCUGAAGCUGCAAACAAGCAACAUUUGGAGGAUGUGAAAAAUAUUGGGAAGCUGGAAGCUGAGUGUCAGAAAUUGCGUGUUCUUAUUCGGAAGAAGUUGCCUGGUCCUGCUGCUUUAGCACAAAUGAAACAAGAAGCUGAGAGCUGGGAUUGUGAUUCAGUUGAACCUCAAAAACUUCCAUACAAGCCCAUGAUCAAGAACAAAGAAAUUGAGCUUACUAACCGCUUGUCAGCAACUGAAGAAGACACAAAAAUUCUUAAAGAAACUUUGGCUACUCGGACCAGUGAGCUGCAAUCUUCAAGGAAGGAAUAUGCUGAAAUGGUUGCCAAAGUGAGAGAAUUGGAAGCACAUGUGCUUCUUGCUGACUCAAAAAAAUUUAGAAGUUCUGAAAAGUCUAUACAUCCCAUGACUGCUGAUUCUUUGGAGCUAAUGGAUGACUUUUUGGAAAUGGAAAAGAUGGCAUGUAUGGAAAACAAACCAGAUAAAAUUGUUUCAACUCAUAAGAAUGAGAUCAAUGAUCAACAAAUAGUGACUGCUCUUUCUCACAUUCACCAAUUUGUAUUAUCCCUUAAUAAAAGGAGUAUGCAAGUCCUUGGAGCGUCUACACUUGGGAAAGAAUUGACUAAAGAUUGUGAAAGCUUCUCCGAGUCUGUGAGGAAACUUCUGACCAAUAAGAUUGAUCUUGCUGUCUUUACAAUGAAUCUUUCUAACAUUUUGAUCCAAGCAAAUGAUCUGGUUUUUGAUGCCUCCAAUUCUGAUUGCAUAGACAAGAUCCGUUUAGUUGAGAAUGAGGUAGAUUCAAAACAAGUCUUUUCCCAGUACUCUCCACCACCUUGUAAUUCUGUACUUAUAUUGGGACAAAUUAAAUCCGAAAAGAAUAACAUGGAAGCUGUAGAGUCGACGAAAGUGCAGUUAGAGGAAGCACAAUUGCUAUUAUCAAAUCUCAAAGCAGAACUAGCUUCGUCCAGAAAGUUAAACAGCUUGGCAGGUACACAGGUUAAAUGCAUGGCAGAGUCUUACAAGUUACUUGAAGUGCGACUAGAAGAAUCAGAAUCAAAUUUGAAAACUUUUCAAGCAAAAGCUGAGGAUUUAAAUAAUUUACUUCAGCAAGAAAAAUUCUAUCGCCAAGAUGCUUUGGUCAAAUGCAAUGACUUUGAUCAGAAACUGCACAGGAGGUGGAGCUGCCCCAAGUGUUCAUUAUCUCCAAAUGCAGAUGACAUGAAGAACAAACAGGAACAGGAGAUAGUUGCUGCAGCUGCAAAACUGGUGGAAUGUCAAGAGUCCAUCAAUCUUCUUGGCAAACAAUUGAAAUCAUUGAAGCCAAUGUCAAAUGUAAAAGAAACUCUACCGAGAAAGAGAUUGAACGAAAUCCCUGCAAAACAUAAGCAUAAUCGCAGUGUCUCAAGCCUCCAAGGUACUGAGAUGGAAAAAAUUUCUUUUCGGGGUAAGUCCAAUGAACAGAAAUUUGUCAAUCUCUCUUCUUUAGCAUGCAAUUCAUCUAGAUGGUAAUACAAAACAUACAAACACAAAUUUGCCAUCUUAGCACAUCUUUUUUUUAAGAACUAGAAAUAAAUGGAUUAUAGAUAGGAUAUUGACCUCUGUUUGUGGCUAAUAUCUGUAAUUUUCCAAAAUGGGUGCAGCCUCAUAUAUAAACCUUUGUUAAUGGUGUACAAUUUUAAGACUUGAAUCAUUAAUUUAGCUAUUGUAAGACUAAUUAUUGUGAACUA